AUGCCCGGGGGCCCGAGGUGUUUCGUCGCACGCGGCGAGGGCUCGGAGGAGCUCCUCGCGGCUUUGGGCCGCUCCCGGAAGCUGGAGGAGGUGAAUUUCGCGCGUUGCGGCAAAAUCCCCGCCGCAGCCUGGGAGUCGCUGCCCGACGGGGCGUGGCCCCGCCUCCGGCUGGCGGAUCUUUCGGAAGGCGAUAGGCCAAAGCACCUGGAGCGCCUGCGUAAAGCUUCUCCGGACAUCGAAGCGGGUGCAGGCGGGUGGAGCGCUAGAAUCGUGCGUUGGGGCACUCGUUUUGUCUGCGGCUGUGGCUUUGGGUGCCGCCACGUCAGUCGAGAGAUCCGGAGCUCACGGAGCGACCGCGCUGUCAUUGUCUCAUGUGCCGCUACAGGAAGUCUAUAA